AGAUGGCAUUGACACAGGAUCUAUACAGCACGCCAGCCUCCAGACUAGACUCCUUUGUGGCUCAGUGUCUGCAGCCCCACCGGAAGUGGAAGGAAGAUGUGCUGGACACUGUACGAACGGUGGAGCAGUUUCUGAGGCAGAAGACAUUCCAGGGGGAGCAUGAGCUGGACCAGAAGGUGCAGGUGCUGAAAGUGGUCAAGGUGGGCUCCUUUGGGAAUGGCACAGUUCUCAGAAGCACCACAGAGGUGGAGCUGGUGGUGUUUCUGAGCUGCUUCCGCAGCUUCCAGGAGGAGACCGAGCACCACCAAGCCGUUCUGAGACUGAUAUGGAAAGAACUGUGGCGUUGCCAGGACCUGCUGGCCCUUGGGCUCGAGGACCCGAGGGUGGCCCAGGGAGUCCCCGAUGUGCUUGUCUUCACCAUCCAGACCAGGAGGACCAGGAAGCCCAUCACAGUCACCAUUGUGCCUGCCUACAGAGCCGUGGAGCCUUCUGUUCCCAACUCCCCACCACCCCCUGAGGUCUAUGUGAGUCUGAUAGAGGCCUGUGGUGUCCCUGGACACUUCUCCCCAUCCUUCAGCGAGCUGCAGAGAAACUUCGUGAAACAUCAGCCAACUAAGCUGAAGAGCCUCCUCCGCCUGGUAAAAUACUGGUACCAGCAGGCCCAUCAUCCUGGAUCCAGCUGACCCUACCCACAAUGUGGCAGAAGGGUACAGAUGGGACAUUGUCGCUGAGAGGGCCUGCCAGUGCCUGAAACAGGACUGUUGCUAUGACAACAGGGAGAACCCGGUCCCCAGCUGGAAUGUGAAGGUAAUGGCUCCUCUCCGGGCUGUCAGGGGCUUGAAGCUUAGAA